CGGAGCAAGGCGCCAGGUCCAAUACACCCUUAGCGUUGGCCCGACAAGCCCUGGCAGCGUAUCCACGCCGACUACUUCGGACCGAUCGACGGGACCAUGUUUCUUCUACUUAUUGAUGCACAUUCUAAGUGGAUUGACGUACAUCCAGUUACUCAGGCGACAGCCGAAUCCACCAUCACUAAAAUGCGCUCGUCCUUCGCUACGUUUGGCAUUCCGGAAACCAUUUGUACAGACAAUGGUUCGCCUUUUACGAGUGCCGAAUUUGGUAAAUUUGUCGCCAACAACGGAAUCCAACACGUUAAAUCAGCCCCGUAUCACCCAGCAUCAAACGGAUUAGCGGAGCGUGCAGUACAAACUGUGAAACAUGGCUUACUAAAGCAGCGAACGGGAACAUUGCGAACAAAACUGGAUCGGUUCUUAUUCUCCUACCGUUCUACACCCACUGAGGCUACCGGGAAAUCCCCGGCGGAAUUGAUGUUCGGCAGAAAUCUGAGAACGAGGCUUCAUUUGUUGUUUCCGAACCCGCGUGUUGAAGUACAGGAGCGUCAGAAAAAGUUUGUGUCUUCAGAGGAAUCAAAACCGGAAGUUACAUUUCAGGACCAUCAACCUGUUUACACCAGGUUACCGCAUGAACAAUGUUGGCAGCCGGCGACUGUGCUCGAUUCUUCAGGAAGUCAAAACGAUUUGCAGCUUCCGGACGGCCGGGUUGUUCGCCGGCACUCAGAUCAUGUACGCCCCAGGAGCACUGACACACCUGCCGUGAGUCAGUCACACUCGGAGAUCGCAGAGCAAGCUGCAGAGCACGAUGAACACAGAACAACAGGGGAAACUCAAUUACGCCGAUCGACCCGGAUUCGCAAACCGAUCGAACGUUUCCAGCCAUGACUGUAACGUCAGCCAAAACAGGGAGGACUGUUACGUGUUCAACCAAUGAUCGCUCACUAUGACCGUAAACGUGAUUGGCCCUACACACACACGUAGAUAAGCACGCACACACGCACUCAAGGACACACCCUAACUUUCCGUGUUCACAUGUAAACCGUUAAGUGUUCAGUAUACUACGUGCCAGACUGACGCGUCUUCUUGCUUAUUCACUACUAGUUGAAAUACGUACUUGCGGUUAGAGUCCAGCUGUGAUAC